GAAAAUUGAAAAUCAAUGACCCAAGUCUUUGCGGUACGCCGUGUGCACGUCAAAAAGUGCGAGGCGUGGAAUGUGUGAAUACCACCUCUACCGAGAAGACACUACUGUGUAGUAUUCGGUGGGCCCGGAUGGGAUGCUACCGUCGGGCUGCCAGCCACCCCCGUCUUUUACCACCCUCCUUUCUAGGGCCUUGGCUUGGGUCUUGGAAGCCAUGGGAGGCAAGGAAGGAAGCUGGUUCGGUGCCGUUCUUUGACACACACAACCUUCCAUCAACAUAAAAGGGGCGUCAUCCUCCCCACCUUGCACCUUCUAUUCCCUCUUUUGUCUCUCCACCACCAAAAUACACACAGUCGCUUCUGUAUUUCCAGCCUCCAGCCGACUUUCGUUCAGCCAAACAACCUAUUACAUCUAAUAACAACUCUACUACAACAACUCUAAUUCAAAAUGAAGUACUCCGCUGUCGCCCUUGCCGCCUUCGUGGCCAUUGCCUCCGCCCAGGACAUCUCUGUUAUCCCCUCGUGCGCCCUUCCCUGCGUUGACGACGCCGCCACCAAGGUCUGCACUUCCAAGACCGAUCACAAGUGCCUCUGCGAGAACAAGGACGCUCUCGUCAGCACUGCCACCUCCUGUGUCAUUUCCAAGUGCGGUGCCGCCGUUGCUCUGAACGACGUUCUCCCUGCCACCGAGAAGUUCUGCCAGGAGGUCCUCGCCGGCGGCUCUGACGCUGCUCCUUCCAGCUCUGCUGCCGCUGCCACCACUGCCACCACCUCCGCCAUCGCCACCGCUACCGCUCCCACUUCCACUGUCGUUGCCACCACUGUGACCACCUCCGCCAUCGCCACCGCUACCGCUCCCACCUCUACCGUCUCUGCCGCUCCCUCUUCCUCCAGCAGCAGCAACGGCACCGUCUCGAUGGCUCCCCCAGCCUCUUCCAGCCCCGUCAAUGCCGGCGCCGCCUCUGCCGGUUACAUUGGCAGCUUCGGUGUCGCUGCCCUUGCUGCCCUUGCUGCUUUUUAAAUUAUCAAUUUAUGAUGGGUGGUAAUUCUGUGGUGCGGUGGAAAUAAUCACGAUGGUUGGAAAAGAAAAUAAAGAGAAGUUGGAUGCCGGGAAUGGAAGGUGGUGGUUGCUUGAAUGAUACCUUUACGACGACAAAGAAAUGUUGUAUGAAAGUUCCUUAGGUGUACAACUACAAAUGGAUUUUGUGCCGGAACUUUUUUUUCCCCUUUGAAAUGUGACUGUGAACUACUGGGCGAGUGAAUAAAUCACAAUCACACGAAAACAUUGCUAGAGGAGUCGAAAAAACUACUUUCUUCGCCGAAAAAUACCUCUCAACUGAAAAAAAAAAGUUCAAAUUAGCAAUGCGAAAUCCCGAUCAGUCGUUAAGCAUUUAUCGUUGAAACACAAGAAACAGUUUCCAGGAAUCAUAA